CCCCCUAGACUAGUCGAAAGCCGAGCUGAGGCUCUCCACGUAGUCCCCGCCCUUUCGCUCUCCCGCUUUAUCUGUGGUAGUUCUGGGCAGCUGGACAUUAUUUGGGGAGAAGGAAACGGAAACUGGUCAGGGAAGGCCUUGCAACUCUAGUAAAAUUCAGGAGGAAGAGGGUUGUUAAGAAUCGUAGUGUUCUGGCUACACAGUAAGGGUGGGAGCUGAUUUACCUUUGUGCUUAGAAAUUGUUUCAGUUUCUUUCCCCUGAAAGAGCUGGCAAAUGAUUGGGUUAAAAGGAUGUACAGUAUAAAUGGGUUUGAGGUCAGGCUUCAGAGGAAAUAACAUAACUUAAAAAGCAGCCGUAGGAUUAGUAGGAGUGAAGAAAACCAGCCCAAAAGUGACUCGCAGCAGCUAAUCAGAAGCAGUGUGUUUUGAUAUGAGAGGUAUUUUUGUUUUCAGGUAGCGUCCUCUUCUGCUGUGCCUACAACUUUGGCUUUUCAGAUGGCGCAGGCAUUUCGAGAACUCUUUCUGUUUUAUUGGAUUAGAGAACAUAGCUGAAUGUAGAUGUUUGUGCCAAAAGGAAAGUGUGGACAUAAUAUCUCCUUAUAAGAUGAGUAACUGCUCUUCCUCAAGACUAGAAGAUAGAGUUCAACGAACUCUGAAAAAAGUGUUUGGAUUUGACACUUUCAAGACCUCAUUGCAGGAAAGUGCAACCAGAACCGUUGUAAAAGGGGAGAAGGAUGUCUUUGUAUGCAUGCCCACUGGCGCAGGGAAAUCCCUGUGCUACCAGCUUCCCGCAGUCCUGGCAACAGGAAUCUCUAUUGUCAUUUCACCUUUAAUUUCACUGAUUCAGGACCAAUUGGACCAUUUGCUCUUGCUCAGAGUGAAAGCCAGCUCUCUUAACUCCAAGAUUUCUGCUCAGGAGAAAAAGGCCAUCUUAGCUGACUUGAUGUGUGACAAGCCUCAGAUAAAGCUCCUCUACAUCACACCAGAGAUGGCAGCUUCUUCUUCCUUUCAGCCUACCCUGAAGGUUCUAGUGUCUCGAAACCUUCUCUCCUACCUAAUAGUUGAUGAGGCUCACUGUGUUUCUCAGUGGGGGCAUGACUUCCGACCAGACUACCUGAGACUUGGCUCUUUGCGCGGUCAAAUACCUAACACUCCAUGCAUAGCCCUGACUGCCACAGCCACUAAACAGGUCCAGGAUGAUAUUGUUGCAUCGCUUAAGCUAAAGAAGCCUGUUGCCACCUUCAAAACACCUUGCUUCAGGUCCAACCUGUUCUAUGAUGUGCAAUAUAAAGAUACCUUAACGGAUCCAUAUGAAAACCUGAAACAGUUCUGUCUGAAGUGUCUUGGGCAGAGGAAUGACUCCGGGUGCUACUCGGGCUGUGGAAUUGUCUACUGCAGGAAGAGAGAAGUAUGUGAACAAGUGGCUAUUGAACUAAGCUACAGAGGAGUCAACUCCAAGGCAUAUCAUGCAGGACUGAAAGUAGCAGAGAGAACAUCAGUUCAGAAUGAAUGGAUGGAGGAGAAGGUUCCAGUUAUUGUUGCUACUAUCAGUUUUGGAAUGGGAGUUGACAAAGCUAAUGUCAGAUUUGUUGCACAUUGGAAUCUUGCACAAUCCAUAGCUGGGUAUUACCAGGAGUCCGGAAGGGCUGGGAGAGAUGGAAAGCCAUCCAGCUGUCGCCUCUAUUACUCGCGGGAUGACAGGGAUCAAAUCAGCUUCCUGAUCAAGAAAGAACUUGCUACGUUGCAGGAAAAGCGAGGCUCCAGUUGCAAAGACUCCAGUAAAGCUAUGCUGAAAGACUUUGAUGCUAUGGUGGCCUUCUCUGAAGAACUGGGUUGUCGUCAUGCCGCUAUAGCCAACUACUUUGGAGAUGCCGUCCCCCAAUGCAAUAAGUGCUGUGAUUACUGUAAGAAUCCAGCAGCAGUGAAAAAGCAGGUAGAGGCACUUGAACACACCGGCAGAGGCUGGAAUAGAACCUGCAUUGGACCCUCUGCUUCCUCUUGGAAUGCCUUCGACCCAGACCUGUAUGAAGGAGGCAGAAGAGGCAUGGGUGGCUUCAGCAGAUAUGAUGAAGAUGGCGGGAGUGUGGCUGAAACGAAUGAGGACCAUCAGAAAAGGGAAUGGAACAACUUCUAUAAGAGGCAGAUGAGUCUGCGCAAGGGCCAGGAACCUGAAAAAGACAACUUUGUCCCUCCAGAUGCUGAAUGUCCCUUGAAGGAUGCAGCCAGCAGAAAAAUAGCUAAAAUCACAGUGAAGGCAAGAGAACACUGCCUGAACAUGCUGAAAGAAGCACUGAGCAACAACCAGGAAGCAGCACUAACAAGAGAUGGCUCAGAUGUUCUAGCACAUGCCGUGGAAAUGGAGUAUGAAGCUUUCCAGGCCAGUAAAAUGGCAAACCUGUACAAGGCGACUGUUCUAAAGAAGGUAACAGAAAUUAACAAAGCUUCCAAAGAUGGGGAGCUUUAUUCCACCUUUGGAGUCAAUGGCAGUUCCAAGUUGAAGACUGAACCAGUGGCAACAGCUGAUGAUGGCUUCAUCCCCGCAUCCAAGGUGAAUACGUUCAAACCCAAGAGAGUGGGGAUUGGAUUUCGGAAGUCAUCUGAUGUAUUCCAGUCUGCUUCAGAAGUUCUGGCUGCCAAGGGAGAUGAUGGAGUUAAGCCUCUGAAGGAGGACAUCAACCAGAAGGGAAGCCACCACUGUGACCCUGAGCUUAUGGACAUUAAUGGCACACUUGAGAGAGAGGCGGAAGUGGCUGAAGAAGUUUGCCAAAAUGCCGGGGAGGUUCCUGAAAAGAAGGGGCAGCAAAGCACCUCUGAUGCUAUAGCCUGCUUGGGAGUUAGUCCCACCAAGAAGGGCAAACCCAGUAAGAAACAGCUGCUACUGGCAGAAGCAGCUAGGAAAGACUCUCAGAAGAUAGUGAAAUUCUUCUCCAUCCCCAGAGCAGGGUCCUUGGCAUCAGAGCUUGAUUUGGCAGAAGAGAACAACUGCUACCAUGAUGAACUACCUCAGUUUGCUUCCCAAAGAAUGUGUGACGAGAAAGCAGAAUCUCAGGAAACUGAAAAGGUCUCCAAAGAAGAAAGAGCUAGCGCAUCCCAUGUAGAAGAGGAAGAAUCAGAAAAAGCAGGAGGUCUGACCGUUAGAAUUCCUAGCUCAGGAACAGAAUCCUCAUGUUCUGGAUCAACCUUUGGAAAACCAAGAGUUACGCCUUUCGUUGAAGAUGGAAUGACUAACAGUUGUGGAAACCAUAAUGGAAAGAGACCAGGGUCAGCUGAGGAUCUGGGAUGCCCUUCUGGAAAGAGGCUACGGAUGAUGACCAAGUCUUCCAUCAUAUUGCAAUCAGAGGGGAAAGCUGAUGGGCUGAUGAAAAAGAAAGUCACGUUUGAUCCCAAUUUGUCACAAGUUGAUAAAGAAGGAACUACCAGAAUCAUCCAGCCAAUUACAAAGGCACUGUCACUUAAGGAAACGGCAGACAUUGUUGUAAAAUACUUGACCCCGUUCUAUAAAGGUGGCAAAUUUGCUUCCAAGGAUUUGUUCAAAGGGUUUGCCCGGCACCUCUCUCACUUACUGGCGGCAGACAAGAGUCCUCUCCGUAAGACAGUGAAAGAAGAAGCACAGAGACUGAUCAAGGAAUUUUUCAAAACCCGUGACAAGUGUGAAAAUGAGACAGACUGGCAGGAGCUAACCAGCUUGGAAACAUGACACCUGAAAGGCACUGGUUUUGUCUGCUUCCUGUGGCUGCUGGACCCCAGGCACUUAAAGUAAUCAUCGUAGCUAUGGGAGUUGGGUGGUGGUGGACCCAGUUAAGCACCGCCCUGGGGGGAAAGGCCUUUGAGAUGUCAGAGUUGUCAUGGAACACAUUUGCUUUGAAGAAGGCUGUCUUGUUUUGAUACAGUGGAAGGGAGUCUGGCAGAGCUGCUUUGCCCAGGUCCCUUUUGAUUUGUGUUGUUUGUGCUGAAAACUGUCUCCUUGCACUAGAGUCAUUAUUUUUUAAACUGUGCAUAUUGCAAUAAGAAUGAAGUGCUGCCAGGGACAAUGCUCUCUGGCAGACUCUUCAGUGUAACUUGAGUAAAGUAAAUUUAGGGCCUAACUAAAGGUUGCAUGAAAUCAAUGUACAGUAUAAUAAAAUCCAGAAAGCUACCUCUUUAAACAGAGAGAAGCUGCUAUGGGAAGCGGGUGAUUUUGUGACGCCAGCAGGGCAGGAAAGGUUAUUAGUGCCAGUUCCUGCCAGCUGUGUUAGCCCAAAUGACUCCACUCUCGCAUGAGGUUGCAAAAUACGUUUGCCAACUUCUAUGCUCCCCAUGGCCAUCAGAGUUGUGUUACAUACAAAUGCAUGUAACAUGUAGUCAGACACUAAUACAAUUUUAUUUUUCAGGAGAGAACAGUCUUCUUCAAGGUUGAGGGCAUGUCCUUACUUAAGUUAAAAUGUCCAGUUUCUCUAAUUUGUAAAUGUGUACAGCUUUCCAGCUAGGAGGAAGAGUUUUAUAUUUUGUGAAACCUCAGGAAUAAAGUGGGGAACCCUUCCCUUCCCGCCAAAUUCUAUUUGGUGGCUACCAGUGUUUACUGCAAUCAAAAAAACAGAAUAUAAACAGUUGUAUCCAAGAGCACCUCCUUCUGAUGGAAAGGCCUAAUACGCAUUUCAGGAAAGUUGUUGCCAUUGCAAUGUAUGAUUGCAUUUUUCUUUGUGCGUAUGGAAUAAGUCUAAAGAAAUCAGAGACCUUUGCAAAUAGGUUGUUACUGACAUGUGAUUCCAGGUAGGUUCACGUUAGGGCUGCUUCACAAGUUCUGUGAUGACAGGUGCGUUUGAUGCAUGGUAAGGAGCCCUGGACAUUUGCACCUGCAGAAAACAUGAGUGUGUUGCAUGUGCAGAACUAUGUUUUUCAGGUGUAUAUGCAAAAUACUUUACAGGUAUAAUAUGAGAUGUAGCCAUUUGUAUUAGCCACUUCGUAUUGUCCAUCAGGAUGUUAAAAGAACCAGCUUUCCAAAUAUGACAGUUGACUGGGCAGAGGUGAGUCUGCUGUGCAGAGUCCUUGGUAUGAGGGCUGUGCAAGUAUUCACUUAAAGCCAUAUUGCUGCAUUGUGCCUCUAAUGUCAUCUUAUCAGACUACUGUGACAAAAUUGCCCAGGGGUUUUAGCAGGAAGAUGCUGCUUUAUUUAUGUAUAGUUCAAGUUAGGCAUAGACUGUAGAUUCCCUGCUGGGAUUAUGGUUUUUUACAAUUGUAUUUUGUUCAUCUGUGCCUUAGAGAAGCAUUAACCUUUUCCUUUAGUGGGAACUCCUAGACAAAGGUGGACCUGGCAGAGGGACCCCUUUCUUAAUAGCUUGCACUUGGGAGCGAGGGGUUUGUUACUUUAAAAGGUUCAUGGUGAGCUGCUAAUAAAAUGGAUGUUAAAGAGCUUA